UCGCCCUGUGCUCACGCGCAGCCGCCGCGGCACGCAGCUCGCUCUCUGUCCUCACUUUUCUCUCUUUCUUCUUCUGCACUUUCAUCAUUUCUGUUGCAAUGUGCGCGUCUCUCGGCUCCCGCUGGCUAUGAGGAAUUUCAGGUGUCCGUAGUUUUGGUCACUUUCCCCCCCUCCCCCUUUUUUGUUUCGCGCUGUUGUAGUUUUUUUGGGUUGGUUUUUUUUUCUGAAUUUUGUUUCUUCGUCGGGCGUCGCGAGGGAUCUAACGUUAACCAUGUCGAGGAGCACGGAGGAGGUGUACAAGCUAACUGAAAGUACAUACAAGAGUGUGAUGGAACAGUUCAACCCAGGACUGAGGAAUCUGGUCAACCUGGGCAAGAACUAUGAGAAAUCAGUGGCUGCAAUGACCCUGGCAGGAAAGUUGUAUUUUGAUGCAAUGUCUAAGAUUGGGGAGAGUGCUGCAGUGUCUCCUGUCUCCAGAGAAUUAGGUGUAGUGCUGAUGGAAAUCUCAGAGGUCCACAGGAAGGUUCAUCUUGAGCUGGAAGAAAAUUGUAAGAGGUUCCACAGGGAGAUAAUAGCCGAGCUGGAGAGAAAGACUGACAUGGAUGUUAAAUACAUGACAGCCACAUUUAAGAGGUACCAGAUGGAGCACAAGAUGAAGCAGGACUCUCUGGAGAGGUCCCAGUCAGACCUGAAGAAGCUGAGGAGAAAAAGCCAAGGCAAGAACGCCAACAAGUACGAGAACAAGGAAAGCGAGUGCCUGGAAACACUGACAAGCCGUCAGAUGGACUUGCAGUUGUUCAUCGCAGACGGCUGUAAGGAGGCUCUGCUGGAGGAGAAGAGACGUUUCUGUUUCCUGGUGGACAAACACUGCAUGUUCUCCUACCAGACCGCUUCCUUCCAUGACAAGGCCAAAGACACUCUGAUGGCGAAACUGAACAGCUGGCAGGACCAGUGCAACGAUGCCACCGACAUGCCCGAGGGUGUCUUGUCGAUGAUCGAGGGACUGCGCACCCCCGUCUCCAUCACAGCUCUGCCCUCCCCGUCCCCGUCACGGCACAGCAUGAACAUGUCUGUUCCCCCGACGCCACCUCUGAAGGCUCAGACCAGUCCACUGGCUAACAUGUUCACCCAGGAAAACAACACUUCCAGUGUAACCACCACUCCCAACAACAGCACAGACCACGGGAACAGCGAGGAGAACAGUCUUGCCAGGUCUGUGUCUGUCGCCACAGGCCUCAACAACAUAGUGAAGAGGCCACGUGUGCGCACCAUCUUCCCCCACACCGCUGGCAACAACAGCACACUGCUCAGCUUUGACGAGGGAGACGUCAUCAUCCUGCUCAUCCCAGACGAGAGAGACGGGUGGAUGUACGGUGAACUGGAGAAGAAUGGAAAGAGGGGCUGGUUCCCUUCAUCUUACUGCCGGGCACUGUCUGAACCUCUCGUGAAUAACAACAGUGUGUCUACUGCCCCGUACCGCAGUAGAAGUGUGGUCAACCUCCACCACCAGGACACAGAGACAGACGAGGCGACCAUGGUGCUCCCCCCAGCGGACUACUGUGACGCCCCGCAGCGCAACGGCAUCAAGAACAACAGCUCGUCCUCCAGCAACGUCACCACAAAUAACAACCACCAGCACUCUCCCACGCCCUCUGCGGCCUCCUCCUCCUCGUCUGAUAACAACAUGACCGUCCAGCCUAACGGCGUCUCCAGACCCCCACCUGCUUACCUCGCGGGAGGGAACCCGUUCGCCACAGUCAGGCUACGUCCAACCGUCACCAACGACCGCUCUGCGCCGGUCAUCUGAUCUGUCCACAUUUCCACACGCCCCUGAUUCCCACAGCCCCUCCUUAAACUUCCUGUGUCAUCCACCCCAGGUCACGCAGCUCUGACCUGCCUUUACUGUCCAACUGCUCCCGCCUGUCUGGACGGAACCACACAAAACUUGGUCAGUACUGAGGGAGAAAAUGCCAUUUGAAUGUGGGAUCCCCUCACUGCUGCAAACGCUGAUAUGGAAGUAUUUUGGGACCAUUUUAUUUUAUGGAACAGAUGGUCAUAUAUUUAAGAUAUAUAUAUAUAUAUUUUCCAUGUCUAUUUUUGUCCCUCUGUUUGUGGUGGAGAUAUUUAAUGACCACAGUCCUACCUGCACCUCAAAAAUGGGUGAAUUAAAACUGGUCAAAGCAAAUACUGUAAUGUAUUUGUAUUGUUGAUGUUGCUUGCUCAUCGUCCAAAUGACUGUUAGAAAUCUCUUGUGUUGCCAUAGGACAGUAAAAGAAUGUACUGUAGAGGAACACUGCUUUUCACCUCCAGGUCCUUAUGAAAAUGUUGCAUCUCAGCAUCGAUACUAAAAUGAGGACAGAUGCAUUCAGAAAGGCACACAAGUGUUCUUUAAGUCCCUCGUGUGCAUACAUUUGUACAACAGAUGCUAUAGAUAUUGUCCUUUGCCAUCUAACUGAACUUUUUGUAGAGCUAGACAAUCGUGGACAGGACUUCUGCCUUAAUGACCCACACAUACCUAGUGUAGAAAUAUCAUGUACCUGUUGCAUUCUUCACAUGAGAGCACGAGUUGUGACAAUCGCCUCAUCUUCACACGGACAGUUUGAUCAUUGCACACGGCAUUUUAAGACCACAGCAUGUACACCUGUUUCACUCUUUGGCCCACGUUACACCCAUAAAAGAAUGUGCUGUAUGAAAAAUAAAGACUUAUUUCUUCAACUUGCUGUUUACUUUAU